AUCAUAUGAUGCUAAAUUUUGUUAAAUGUUGAGGAUUAUUUAGUCAACAGAAAAAUAAUAAUUACUUUGAUUAUAUUAGUAUUCACACUUGCUUCACUUGUUUAAGGUAUGUUGCAUUUGCCUUUAAUAGAAUACAGGGGUUCUCAAUGUUUUUAAUUCCAAGGACCCUUUUUGGGGAGAACAUUUUCCGAGGACCCCCUCAUAACCGUAACAAUUAAGCAAGCAUUUUAUAUUCUCUGAAGUUGUGACCAGGUCCACUAUCCUGUGCUUUCAGGCAGGUGUGUAACUAAUAUUUCUCCACAUUCAUCAGCUAGCUAUAGCUGACGAAUAAGUCAAGCUAAGCCGCAGUGGGGGAAAUGGGGUGUCAAUUUGAGAACCACUGAUAUAAAAUAUGAAGAGGCAAGACAUUGUUUUCCAUUUCUAAAGUAGUCUAUUGUUCAUUGUUUGAACACACUGGCAUGUGUGAAUGUGUGUGUGUGUGUGUGUGUGUGUGUUUGGACUGUGACUACCACCAUAGAAAUGUAUAUAUUGGUUGAUUGCCCCAGGCUGCUAUUAUACACACACAUGUUUUUCGCAAUUCCGGUACCUCAUGAAGUAUGUAAUGUUCUGUUCAGUGAAUGACAGGUGAGCUGGUGGAAGUAUUUUGGCAACUCAUAUCAGUCUAAUUACACAUAAUAUAACCUUCUUGGAAAAACAAGUAUUCCCAUACAGCAGUAUUGCCAGCUCAUUAUGUAGAUGUGACUGAGACCUUUGUCUCUGGGCUCGGGAAUAUGGGAAUGAUGACAGGGUGUCACACUCAUUCAUUUAUUUGUAGUAUGUCAGCUCUCAUUUAGUGGGGUGAAGUGGCCAGGACAGUCCCAGCCGUUUUUAAGGGACAAUCAGAGAGCUCAUGGUCAGGUCGAGAACCUGUAUUAGUAAUCAUGGGUGUUAUACAAGCUAACAUUUUGAGUGGGCACAAUUAGAGUGAGCGGAGAUAGAAAACAAAAUAAUGACAUAAUUGUCUUAAAUGUGUCAUAUCUAAAGACUUUAAAACUAAACUAAAGUCUGGGUAUAGGCAUGUGCCCAUCUAGCUUCAUGGGCACAAUGCUCCUGGCAGUAAUACUGGAGUACUGAUAGCCUAGCAAAACAAAAUAUUUCACAGGGGAAUUAUAUGUUUUGGGAGCUUCUCUGUCACAUGAGGAAAUUACAGAACUGUUUACUUCCUUGGUGGAAGGAGGUCAUUCUCAUGUCAACCUUACAGGCUUACAACUGGACCUGUAACUUCACUGGUUAAACAUAGUGUUAAAUUACAUGGUCAUGAGAAUCAGAUGACUGACAAGAGCGUAGCCUAAUUGGGGCAAAUGCUAAAUGAAAAUUGCUUCUGUAGAUGCCUUUACACAGAAUGGAUCUUUUGUGUCUUGUGCUGAUGUAAAAGAUCUUCUUGUGGCCGGAUAGUAGUGACCACCACAUUGUAACAGAUUUUAGGGACUAAAGGCUUUUCUGGUGUCUCCUUUAAGCUUUUUUUUCUGACAUCAAUCAACAGGUACUAUCAGGACACAGAUGCAUAGUAUUAAGUCCAGUAACAGAGUUGGAUGUUAUGUUGUGUGGUGAACAAACAGUAGGUAGCUAUUGCUAUUAUAAUUAUGUUUCUUUGUUGUUAGUGUCUUGUGUAUAUGUGUUUUUAUUUUUUUGUCAUCUGACUUGUAUUGAGUUUAGUGGUUCAAAUCUUGUAUAUGUCCAUUGAUAAGGGUGGCACAAACUCAGCUGGACAGUGUGGAUGUAACAAAGAACACCACUGUUCUAUGUCAUGGUUGGUUUUGGUUUCAUGGAUACUGAAUACUUCUGGAAUGUGUGUGUUAUAUAGACUGACUGGAUGGCUGGCUAUCUAUUGUGUUGCUGUAGAAAAGUAAUUGGGAAAAUACUAGCUAUAUUUUAGGAGGAUUUUAACAGUUGCGUCCCAUGGAAGUGUUUCAACCAGGAGGACUAUGAGUGAUGGUGGUUAUUUCUAUGAGAGGAGGCACAUGCUUCAUCAGAAACCUUUUAACUCUCUCCUCUGUUUCUUAGUUUAGUACAGCACAAUAUAUCCUCUGGUCCAUCUUGCCUACAGCCUAAGCCCAAACCACACACCAUACCUCACUGUCGACACACUCUAGGCUUCCCCUCAGUCCUCUCCUGUUUGCUCUGUUUGCUUACUGUAAAGCUACAUGCACAUGACACCAUCUGAAGGCCUAGCCAAAAGGAAUGAGGCAACAAAAAAAACACACAUUUCCUACAGUACAUGUUCUCAUUAUCAGUGGAAUACAGACAAAAACACAGCAAAUAAACACCAAUAAUAACAAUGAAUUACACCAAACGACAAUGCGGCCAUCAUAUUUCUCAGAAUAAGGUGGGGAUCACAUUGGCCAGCAACAAGCGUAACGCUCAGCAUAACGCUCAGACCAUAAGUUCUGUCUCGUUCCUAAGCAACACAAACGGUUUGCCUAAACUGACAAUUGAAUACGCUCGCGUUGCGCUUUGAAAGUUGAACCAAGUUCAACGCUCAGCUUGUUCAACGCUAUAGCGUUACGCCAGCGCUGCCAUUGUGCCGCUGCCGAACCACAGAGAACAGUAGGAAACCUGCCGCUUGGCUGAUGUGAUCCCCAUGUGGUAUUGUGAACAUCUGCACGCUACAUGAACUGCCAUGUGAUGCCACUCCACAUCAUUUCCCCGUCUCUGUGACAAAGCCGUGAGGUCCAGUCUAUGUCCACUGUGAGGCCCAGAAAAUUACGCAACAGUGAGCCAAGGCCCAGCACACGUGCACAGUGAGGCCUAUAGGUUCUACGACAGAGCUGGGUAGGUGAGGCCCACAACCAAGCAUGGAGCUCAAGGUGUGGGUGGAUGGCGUAUUAAGGGUGGUGUGUGGCUUAUCUGAAGACACCACCUGUCAACAGGUGGUCAUUGCACUUGCUCAGGCCAUAGGUCAGACAGGUCGGUAUGUCCUGGUGCAGAAACUGCGAGAAACUGAGAGGCAGCUGCUGGCUGACGAGCGACCGCUACAGACUCUUGCCAAACUGGGUCAGCUGGGCAACGAGGUCCAGUUUAUCCUCCGCCGCACUGGCCCCAGUGGCAGCAGCAGUGACAGCAGCAUUAGCAGCAGACCCCCACCCCCGCCUGACCGCACCACUUCCCUCCUGUCCCUCCCACUCCCCAAACACCCCCACUCGGAAGCCCCGCCACGCAGGGAGCCCAAGAAGGCCCUCACCUUCAACCUGGGCCCCUCCAGCGCCCCGCACACAAAGCCCAAGCACUUUAAGAAGCCUCCCAGAGACUCCCCGGAGCUCCGAGGGGUGUCCCCGUCCCCGUCUCUUUCCAAGUCCCCUUCCCCCUCCCCAGUUCCUCCUCCUCCUUCCACGUCUUCCUCGCCGGCCCUCCCCUCCAAAGAGGAGCUGUUCCGGCAAGUUCUCCAGCAGCAGGCCGAGCUCCGUGCCCUGGAUGAGCAGCUGGACUCUGUGCAGCAGGAGGUGUGGACGUGGGAGCAGCCCCCUCCCCCAGUCCUCCCGCCGCACUUGCUGGAGGAGCUUGACCGACUGGAGGAGGCGAUGAGGCAGAACAAGGCGGAGCUCGCCCACACCGGCCACUGGGAGGUGGAGCUGGCGGCCGAGGUGGAGCGGGAGGAGGAGUUGCUCAGGGAGGCGGAGCAGCUCGGGCGGCUGCUGGAGGAGCACGCCCAGAGGCUCUCGGACAGCGACGGCCAGGUCGGGACUCUGGAGAGGGAUCUCCAGGAGCUGCAGCAGGGGGGCCAGAGGAACGGACUCAGGCAGGUGGAGGUCCCGCAGGACUCCCUGGAGACGGUGCGCGCAGAGCUGGAGAGGAGGCAGAGGCAGGAGGCCGAGCUGCGGAGCUCGCUGAGCGACACGGAGCAGGAGCUGGAGACCGCUUACAGGAUGCUGCAGGCGAAGGACCUGGAGCUGGAUGAGCUGAAUAAGGAGCUGAGGCAGUGUAACCUUCAGCAGUUCAUCCAGCAGACGGGAGUUCCAGCCAGCGCGUCCAGCCAGCAGACAGAUCUUCAGGCUGAGUCCGAGCUCAUCAAUGUCUCCCAGCUGGUGCUGGACACUGACACAGAUUCAGAAGAUUCUGGACUAUUCUCCUCAGGGUCUCAAACCCCCCUCACAGCCAGAGAGAUUCUGGGAGACGCACGUAGCUUAAAAAAACCAUUAGUGUUGGCAUCUAGGGAGUUACCAUGGCGUUAAUGAAGAAAUUCUGUCAAACAAAAAUGCUACUGCCUUCUGAAGCCAUUAUUAUAUUUCCACACAUUCUGGAUUUUUGUUAUAUGCACAUAUAGUAGGCUAUGUAUAUAUUAUUCAAUCUCACCUUAAUAAUCACAUGUUUAAAAGACAUGGAUAUGAAUGUAUUUGAAGGAAAAUGUCAUGAUGUAAACACAUUUUAAUUAUUUACUGAAAUGAAAAAAUAUAACUAUAUUUCUAGUAA